AUGGUCUCAAGGGGUCUCCUGCAGGAGGUUGUGCAACCAAUAAGUGCUGAUGAGGCGCUGCUCCAAGCCGCCGAGAGGGGCGACCAGGUCGACGCUUCGGCGGCCCUGACCCAAGGGGCGGACCUUGAGGCCCGGGGAACCGGCGGCCGCACGCCCCUCAUCACGGCAUCCUCCCGCGGAUUCGUGCCGUUAGUAACCGACCUGUUGGCGGCGGGGGCGCUCGUGGAUGCAAAGGCGGAUGAUGGGACCACAGCACUGCUGGCUGCUACGAAGGAGGGCCAUCGAGAAUUGGUUCAGCUGCUGAUGGACAGCAGUGCCGAUUUGGAAGCCCAGGACAAUGAAGGCACCACACCCAUCAUAGCAGCUGCGCGCAACGGCAGGGGCAUCAUCCUGCUCAUGUGCCUGGCCGAGGGCGCCAACCCCAACUCCCAGGACCUCCUGGGCGAGACCGCGAUCUUCAGCGUGUCCGCCUACCCAAACACGACCUUCCUUGUGGAGAACAUAAUCGACCGAGGGGGUGACCCCAACCACCUCAGCGUGAACCUGAGCACCCCCAUGCACAGUGCGGCGUUCUACGGCAGCCUGCCAAACGCAGAGGUGCUGGUGAGCAAGGGGGGGGACAAGACGCUGGCCGACUCACAGGGGCGGGUCCCCGGGGAUGUGAUCUGCGGGUGCCGGACAUCCGGGCGGACGCCUGGCGCCCUGCCAUGCCCUUUUGGGCACUGCCAGGGCGGUGAGGAGGAGACUGGGCUCGAAGCACUGCUGGUGCUGCCACCUGGACUGGUCACCACCCAGGAUCCCAGGAUUGCCGCCACGCCCACCACCGUCCCGGGCACUGCAUUUUCCACCGGCCUUGCGCCCAGCUCCACCGAUCCCAUCUUUGACCCCGGCUUGAGAGCGGCCCAGCUCGCCGCCCCGCCCACCCCGCUCCCCACAGCCCCGCCCACAGGGCCCCCUGCCGUUCCCACCCAAUUUCAAGGGCCCUCGACCCAUUUGCCGUCUCCAAGCCCACAAGUGCCGCCAAGCACCGCGCUGGCAAGGCCACAGCCAAGGCCCCCAGCGGCCAGGCCUUCGCCAAUUCCGGUGGUGUCCAACCCUCUUCCGGAUCCCUCCCCAAGCUCAGAGACAAGAGAGCUGCCUAGGCCUUCCCCAAGCCCACAGAUUGCCAGCCCAACACCAGACACUUCCCCAAAGCCACAGACAAGAGAGCCGCCAAGCACGGUUGACCCGGAUGACUCAGCAGGUGUGCAGCAGCGGGCGGCAGGGGGUCCUCCUGUGGCAAGAUCAGCUCCGGGGGGUCCUGCACCGAGAGCUGCCAGAAGCCCUGCGGUCGGCGGGCCGCGGGGCCCAGCGGCUGAGCCGCCGUUGAGUGCCGAAGCCAGCCAGGAGAGCCUCAAUGAGGCUCUGAAGGCGGCGGCGGCGAGCGGCGACACUGAGGCUGCGGGCGUUGCACUUGUGUCUGGCGCAAAUACAGAGACCCGCAACCAGGACGGCUUCACGCCGCUCAUCAUGGCGGCCUACCUGGGGCACGAUCCCGUCGUGCAGGACCUGCUAACGGCCGGGGCUGACAUAGAAGCUCGAGAGAACAUGGGCUUCACAGCCCUGCAGGCUGCGAGCCAGGAGGGCCACCUGGAGGUCGUCCGCACGCUGAUCGCCGGCGGCGCCGAAGUCAACAGCCGCUCGCUGUCCAACUCAACGCCGCUGAUGAAGGCCGCGGAGGGCGGCCACCUGCUGGUGGUGCGGGAGCUGCUGGAGGCGGGGGCCGAGCCGGACGGCUGCUGCACGAGGGACGAGGGCACGGCGCUCAUAGUGGCGGCAGAGAUGGGCCUGUUCAAGGUGGUCGUGGAGCUGCUGGACAAGGGCGCGGACCCGUCCGCGGUCACAGCCGGCGGGCAGACCGCCCUCUUCAAGGCCAGCGCCCACCUGGGCACCUCCGCCAUGCUGGGGGCGCUGCUCGACGCCGGAGCGCCGUUGGACCACAGGGACAAUGCGAACGACACGGCGCUGGGCUACGCGGCAUUUUUCGGCAACCGGGAGAACGUGAAGUUCCUGCUGGGGGCGGGCGCUGACCCGGGGGUCCAAAACAGCGAGGGGCAGGUGGCCAGAAAGCUCACUUGCGGAUGUCUGGAAAAUGAGGGGGUAGACGAAUUCCUAGGGUGCCCGUCGGGUGCCUGUGACAACGCUAAAAAUAGGAAGAAAAUCGCAAAGCUACUGAAGAAAGCCGAGGGAGAGGAGGAAUGA